AUGCCGCCGAAGCUUGUUGGAGUAUUGGAGCCAAACAAUGAAUUAGAAAAGGCAGAAAUCGUGCUUCCCAAUCAAUUUAUUGGACCUGAAUCAAUGGCAGUGCGUUACAACAGCAACAUAGUCUACACAGGCCUCUUGAACGGGAUUGUCGCCAGAUUUGAAAUUAACGAUAGCAGCGAAAGGGAUAUGCGCGUGAAAGAAACAAGACUGCCGACACCGUCAUCUUUCAAUACGGACAUAUGCGAUGGAAGUUAUGCGAGUUUUCCCAUCUGUGGACGACCAAUGGGAAUGCGAUUUCAUCCCUCCAACGACGAUUUGUUGUAUGUCGCCGAUGCUUAUUAUGGUAUAUACGAAUACAAUAUACAAACUGACAAAUAUAUGCUAAUAUUGAUGAUUUACAGGUUACUGCUUUACCAUUUCCCCUCGAAUGAACUCACCGUACUUGUCGAUGGCCUGUACUAUCCAAAUGGUGUGCAGUUCGAUUACCUCGAAAGAUGUGUAUUUUUCUCCGAAAUGGGCAAUUUACGAAUACUCAAACAUUGUUUGGCAUCCGGGUAUGGGAGCUUCAGCGUUGUGAUGGACAAUCUGCCUGGAUAUCCUGACAAUCUUCGAGCAACACGUGACUUUAUGCUAUGGGUGCCAUUUGGAGAAACACGCUUGAAAGACGACUCGUGGCUCACCGAAAAACCGUGGCUCAUGGAUUUCAUUGCAACGAUAGCCAGCCCAUCGUUAAUUUCGAAAACAUAUGAUACUUUCUUCUCAUCAAAACAUGGCCUGAUGCUACUUAUUGAUCCUUACGAUAAAGUUAUUUUAAAAAGUUUUCAUGAUCCAAAUGGUACAACAAUUUCUUCAAUCUCCCAGGUAAGAUGUCCUCUUGUGAGCUUGUUUCUUUUGUUCUGUGCCGCUUGUGUCACAUGCUUUUGCGCAAUGCUCCAAUAA